GUUUGGAUGGACUCACGGAACGACUGCACACGGGAUUUUGCAGCGGGACGUUUACGGUUCGGGAUAACGUAACCAAAGGGCGUUCGGCGUGUCUCUGUUUGGAUGUUUAAAAAAAACCUCCAUGUGCUGCUUCAAUGCUUGGCCUAUCCAGGACACACCCAGAACUCACUUCAACACAGGAAUUGAAUGAUCCACAAGACGCGUAGUUGUGUAGUUGUGACUCCUGGAUCAUUUCGGUGAACAGCCAAUUGUGAGGGUCGACCUCAGAAGGUAACCUCCACGCAGUGAUGGCUGACAGCGGAGAGGACUAUGGAAACUACAGCUAUGACUACUACAUGGAGUACGGUGACAUGGAAGAACUUAAAGUCGACCACAAGCAGAAGGAAGCGAUGCACAUUAUCUCAGUGGUCAUUUAUGUGAUUUCCUUUGUGCUAGGCCUGAUUGGAAACGGAACUGUCCUAUGGGUGACAGGAUGCAAGAGCAAAAGGACUGUUAACAGUGUUUGGUUACUCAAUCUGGCAUUGGCCGACUUUGUCUUUGUGCUCUUCCUGCCCUUCUACAUCGAUUACAUCCUGCGGGACUUCCACUGGGACUUUGGUGUGGCCAUGUGUAAGAUUAACUCUUUUGUGUCAGUGAUGAACAUGUAUGCGAGCGUUCUGUUCCUUACCGUGCUCAGCAUUGACAGAUACGUGUCGCUGGUCCAUCACAACUGGUCUCAGAGGUGUCGGACCAUAGCGAGAGCCUGGCUCGUAAGUGCUUGUGUAUGGGCCACAGCCGCCGUCAUGAGCUGCCCCGCGCUCAUCUUUCGGGAUACGGUGCGCUUACAUAACAAGGUGAUAUGCUUUAACAACUUCCACGCGCAGGAUGGACAGUCCGCAGCAGUAAGUCACAUUCUGAUCGUCUCCAUCCGUACCACAGUGGGCUUUCUCCUGCCUUUCUCCGCUAUAUGUGCGACCAGCAUCCUUCUGACUGUGAAGGUGACGCAAUCUCAAGGCUCCGUUCGGCUCUCCAACUUCACUAAAACGGUCUCAGCCAUGGUUCUGGCCUUCUUUUUAUGCUGGGCCCCUUUCCACAUCUUUAGCCUGAUGGAGCUAUCCAUACAUUCCUCGCUCUAUCUACAUAAUGUACUGAAAAUGGGGUUCCCUCUGGCCACCAGCUUGGGCUUUUUCAAUAGCUGCAUUAACCCACUGCUCUAUAUGCUUCUGGGCAAAAAGGUUCGCCACAUCCUGAAACGUGCAUGCCUGGACAUAACUAAAAGCUCGCUGAGAGAACUCAGCCAGUCUGUCUCGGCCACUGAGAUGGAGUCUCUGCCAGGGGUCCUUCAAGACAAGGACAGUGCACCAGAGGAACCUGUGGCGUCAUCCACUCUGUGAUUGCAGCUGUCUCCAGAAACAUCAUUAUCACCUUCCGGCCAUUAGAAUUCCAUCUCUGUUAGGUGUUUCCCUGCUCUAUGUAAUUUGGACAAAAUGAUGUCUUCAACCGACAAUUACACUGUCUGAAAAAAGCACCAAGUAGCGCUAUAGACUAUCUUUACAUUUAGUUUCACAAUGGUGACGCCUUGAUGAAGCAUAUGAAGGAGUAUUAGGGCCAUAUUGAGAAAAAACUGAAUAGAAUGAAAAUGCAAAAGUAACACUUCUCAAACUAAAACUAAAAACAAAAUAGUUUCACAUUGAACAGACACAAAUGUUUGCACAGUGCCUAUAAACUGCACAUAAUACAGGUAGUGACCGAAAGGACAAGAUCGCGGGUACAAGCGGCCAAAAGGAAUUUUCUCUGUUGGGUGGUUGGGCUCUCCCAUUGUCGUCCGGGAGAAACUCGGAGUAGAACUGCUGCUCCUCCGCAUUGAGAAGAGCCAGAGGAGGUGGCCCAGGCAUUUGGUCAGGAUGCCUCCCGAACGCCCCCCUGGGCAGGUGUUCUGGGCACGUCUGACUGAUAGGAAGCCGCUGGGAGCAGAUGGACACGGUAGCCAGCGCGAGGAAAGUGUGGGCUUCCCUGCUUAAGCUACUGCCCCCACGACCCGACCUCAGAUGAGCGGUAGAACAUGGAUGGGUGGAUGAUCUCUCCAUUGCUAUGUCGCGGUUUUUCAAAAAUUAAUUAAUACAUGAUGUCUGUUUCAUGGUAGGCAAUGGUCUAUUAAUAGUCAAAACAUAUUGAAAUACAAGUCAUAUGUAUAUUCGUCCCUCGUUUGUUCAGAUUCAUUGGUUUCAGACCCGACUGUUAUAAAUGAAUUUCAGCAAUAUUAUUAUCAGAUCCAUCUCCUUCAGCAGCAGACUGUUACACCCACGGUGUAAGAAGGAGAGGUUCCGCAGGUCCUUCAUACCGACCGCUGUCAGGCUCUACAACACCUGCACCACCUGAACCAUGUUGUAGUCACUAUGUAUUCUUUACACUGUAUUCUUUACUUGUGUAUCUUGCUUGCUGCUGUAACAAGUGAAUUUCCCCGCUGUGGGAUAAAUAAAGUACAAAUACAAAAUACAAUACAAAUCUAGACAUGAAAUAAUACACCUAGAGUCACCUUUACACUCUUGUUAUUUAUUGUUCACAUUGUUCACACAUUGCGCAACUCUUACGCUGCAGGGACUUGAAACGGCCGCUAAUUAGUGAGCUAACCAAUUAGCCUUGAAUGUAUUUCAUCUAAACUUAAGAAGCCCAAAACUUACCACUUCCACAUGCAGUGGUAAGGUAAGGUAAUGUAAGGUAAUGUCUCAUUGUUUUGAGUCAUUACUGCCGCCUCUUUGUGUCAUUACUGCAUGAAGUCAUCCAUGGCAUGCCCAACAUGAUAGAGUGAAAAAAAGUUCUCCUCCCAUCUCAUGUGGAAGUGGUAGGUUUUUGGCUUCUAAAGUUUACAAGAAAUAAA